UGGGAACCUGCGAGUGGCUAUUGAAGUGACACAGGCCGCCAAGAGCUGCAGGGCCGAUGUCGCGCCUGGGUGCUACGUAGCAUCGCUGCGUGCCGGGUCCGUCUACACUGUCGUUGGAGGUGUGCGCAGCGCAGCCCCAGCAGCAAGACCUGCCCCGCACCCUGCAUCGAGCUUGUUGCUGCUGAAGUUUCCCUCCUGAGCAAAUCCUGCUGAGCGGGCUGUCCCGUUACAAAUAUUUCACCGAAAACAACGGGAUGGGAUUGUUGAUGGACUAAGCCGCUACCAGAAUCCGGCCUCGUGUCUGUGCCGGAGGCAGCGUGCUAAAGCCAACCCCCCCUCUUUGUGACAGCGGCACGGCAGCAUCACCCCUUCAAAUGGGCUUGACACUUUUUCCAUCUUGUAUGGCUUCCCUGCCCGCCCCCCAGCCCACACUGUCUCUCUUGAUUUAUAGCCAAGGUCACCAGGAAGCAUUGAUUAGAAAUCUUGGCUGUUUCUAGCCCUGCACGCCUGUGUGUGUGUGCCUGCAUGCAUCGUAAUAGCACAGCACCCCUUUUCUACAGAGCCUGCGUGCCCCUGCGAAGGGGAUUUGCUUUCUCUUUGCCGUGAUGGUUCUGUGGCUUGAGAACAGGACUCGGUUCCUUCAUCUAUUAAAACAAAAAAAGAAAAGGACGUGCUCCUUGGGAGUGAGGUGAGGCUUGAUUCUUUCUGUUAAGGUGCUUUCCAGAUGGAAAUUGCGGGUGAGAGCUUCCUAGCAGCACUCCAACUGCAUGGUUAGGCAGAGGGGCAAGCUGUUGGGGCGAGUAGCUGAGGUCCUGUCCAGGUGGUAGGAAAAGCAGCCUUGUCGUGCUUGCAUUUCAUGGAAGCUGCAAUAGCAGAGGGAAGCCCAGGCCCUGGGUCCCCGUGGCUAUUUCACAGCCCACUGUCGCCUCCUGCCUGCUACUGGGCCUUGUUGUCCUCUUGGUAUGAGAUUUGCCCCCGGUCAGAGAUCUAGACAUCUGAUGCUGCCAUCCAAAUCGGGCUUUGGGUGGGAGCGGAGGUGCAGCCUGGUCCCUACCCAGGAGCGGAUGUCACACCUAAAGUGGCUUCAUUUCCAUCACCUGCUCCUGGCUUUUAUUGUGUCCGAGAGGAAGGGCACUACAGCUGUCGGGCUGCCCUGCCCCUCGGAGCCUGGGUUGGGAGGUUGACGGCAGCAGGACAGCGCUGGCUUUCCUUCUGCCUUGAUUUUUGGGACGGUGUUGCCAUCUUGUGGAGCAUGAAUUUUGUCAGAGGUGCAGUCUUGGUAGCAUGAGACACCUCGUCCUGCCAAACUGGAAGCUGUGAAAUGGGUGCCUUAUGCUCAAGACAGGCUUUUCGCCCCUCUAUUGCAAGUCUGUCCCCCCGGUCUCCUGUUUCCAGAUGGUCAGCGUUGGUCCCACAGCGAGGUGUGUUUCCUUCCUUUCCUCCUCCCAGAGUUGAGCAGGGCUUUUCCUCCUCCCAGGAAAGAAAUGAUUGUUUUGAAGGGCAAAGUCAUGCUGUAGCAUUGUUGGAGCUGCGACAGUCCAGGGCGAGGCCAGCGACAGGAGUUAUUUGGUAAUUUCCCUUUUUAAUUGCAUUUCGACCGACUCUCUAAUUGGUCUGAUACAAGAUGUUACCAAACGCGUCCUGCUUCCCAAAAAUGAAAGGCAGAGCGAGGGCAAAGACGCAGGAUGGAGCCUUCCCACAGCUUGAAGGACCUGGAUUCAUCCCGUAGGAAUAUGCAUAAAAGUCUGAACCGGAUCCGGACACGGCUGCUCAUUUGCCUUAUUGUGUGCUCAGGAGCUCUGACCUGGGGCAGAGCUUUCUGGUGCUAGGUGCUGUACAAAUGGAUUAAGAGGAAGUCUCUACCCUGAAUUGUAGUUUCCUUGAACUUUGUAGGGUUUGGGACUGGAAAAGUAGUCGGUUCCAGGAGCAGUUAUGCCUCUGCCGGCCGUGACUUUGGGGAGCUGUGCUUACGCAGAAAAAGGGCUCAUCCUGACCUGACAUUAGCUGCCUUUUGUUCUUGCUGCUUUCCUUUUUAUCUUGCCCACUCUUUUCUUCCCCCACCCUGCAUUUCAACAGAUCCAUUUUUACAUCUGUUAUCUCACAUUUAACUCAAAACCCACAUGGGUUUGAAGUCUCUCGUUAAGGGAGAUUGUUCUGGCUUCUCUCCUUGAUUGAGGAUCACGUGACCGUUGGCAUGGAUUUCCAGGCCCACACGUCAGUCCUUGGAGCAGUCAGACCCUGGCCAUGGCACAUGGUCAGGGGUUGUGCUCCUUGACCAGUAGGUUUGGGGAUCCCACAAGAUGGCAAAAGGUCGAUCCAGCGGUUAAAGGACGAGACAGGGUGUCAGCGCUGGUGCUUACGUGCUGGUCGAGACGGAUGUUGUUGCUGUAUGGUGGAGCGCUGUUGUGCGAGGCUUUCCCCCAGUGCUGCAUACAGCCCUCUGUGUUGGUUAGAGAUAGGCUUCGAGCACAGAAAUGUGCAUUUAGCCAUGUCAGUCAGUGCCAAGGCUGCACCGACAGUCAGGGCACCUUUGAGGUUAGCAAUAGCUUUCCUCCGUUCUUCCCAGUCUUUUGCAAUCCUCAUACAAUUUAGCAAUGUAAAUGUGACUUUAUCCCUGGAUGCUGAGUGCAGAAGCACCAGUUUGCAAACCUGAAAUGGGUCCUGGGGCUCGUCACGCGUGUGUCGGCGAGUGCGUGAAGCGUUACGCCUUGGUUUUGUCUGCAUCACGUUGCCGUGGGCAGGGUUGCAUGAGAAAAUUGCCAGGUAUUGAGUUUGGAAUUUCCCUUCAGACUUCUUACCGGAGGAGGCAUCUUCCUUGUCGUUAACUGUUGUUUGCCCAUAAACUCAGAGCAGGGGGCAUGAGAUCAGAAACAAAGGGGAAAGUUUUCCUCGUCGCGAGGGGUCUGAAUGUCCCAGGUAAACCGCUCGAAUCCAAGAUCUUUGUCUCUGGAGAACCAGCCCAUCCAGUGUGCACUGUUCAUGGGGAGUCUCCAGGGGAGUGGGGUGAAUGAAACCUGCCUGGGAAAAUCAGGGUAGGGGCUUUAGUUGAACGUGGCUGGACCUGCUGAUGGCCUUGUAGCAGGUAGAGAUCACAUGAGCAGCGGAGCAGAUCAUUUCUGAAGGUUGUUUAGCUGGAGAGAGGGGCAGGAGCGUGUUUUGGGGGCCGUUCCGAAUAUAAGCGGAGUGGUUUUGGGCACAACUCUGGUAAUUCUUGAAGGACCGUGUGUCGGAUGCUCCGUCUGUGGCUUGGUUUUCAGCACUGCCCAGAAAGCCCCCGUGGUAGGUGCUGCACAUGUGCACAGCGACAGCCCGUCCGUGGCCCAGAGAGCUUACGCUCUCAAUAUAUAAAGCAAAGGCGCUAUCGUUUCCCCGGCACAGGUGGGAACCUGACGCCCAGAGCAACCCGAGGGAGUUCCCCGCUGACCCGAGGGGGCGUCCAUUCGUGCAAAACUGAGAACUCAACCCAGGGUCCCUUCUUCCUGGUCUGCAAAAUGAACCUUCCUCUGGGCCUCUCUGUACAGCAGCGCCCUCGGGAACGCUGUAAGGAAAUAACAUCGCUAGUUCUCCUUUGAGUUAUAGUCCGUAUCCACCGUCCGUCUCCCCGUGGGCCUGAGCCUUUGGCACUGGGAGUGUGUGCCUGAGGAUGCUGCGUGUCGAAGGACUCCAGUAGCUGGUAAGCUCCCCUUCCUUCCUCUUGUGCAGCUCUGUCUUGAUGGGGUUUUAUAUUACUAAGUGGUGAAGAGCAGGGGAGCAGUAUUUGUCCUCAGUUUAGUAACUCCCUGAGAUGUUUUGGGGGCGUGCAGUGUGCACUCAAAUGCUAACACGCUGUCUUAGAUGCUGACUUCUUUUCAGUGGGAUGGGUGGAGGGGACCACGAGGACAAGAUUUGGUCCUUUUUAUGCAAAUCCACCCCCGCAGCAAACAAUGGUUUGCAUUGCGCGUCAUGAAGGGUUCACGUGGGGAUGCGCGCAGGGUGUUCAGACUAGAGGAAAAAGGGGCAGUGUCCCUUUAAGAGAAAAAGAAAGCAGGAAGUCUGAACAGACGGAAAGUCUCACCCCGAACUUUGUUCUGUCCUGGCCCGUGCUUGGAGAUCCCUGGGACCAGGCUGCGUUGCGGGACCGAGGCUGGCAGGCUGCACGGUUAAGGAUUUUCACUGCCCACCUUGCUUCUGAGCCAGCUGCUGUCUUCAGCUCGGAGGCAGCCUGCCGUCCCGGUGGAAAUGCAGAGCACGCCGAACUAUCUCUGGUACACGGACGAUGUCUUGGGCCAAGGGGCUACGGCCUGCGUGUACAAAGCACGCAACAAGAAAUCGGGAGAGCUGGUUGCUGUGAAAGUCUUCAAUAAUGCCAGCUACAUGAGACCCCAAGAGGUUCAGCUGAGAGAGUUCGAGGUGCUGAGGAAAUUAAAUCAUAAGAACAUCGUCAAACUGUUCGCAAUUGAAGAGGCCGGAAGCAGCAAGCAGAAGGUGCUGGUGAUGGAGUACUGCUCGAGCGGGAGCUUGCUGAAUAUGUUGGAAGAUCCAGAAAACGCCUUUGGCUUGUCUGAGGCCGAGUUCCUCAUCGUGCUGAACUGUGUCGUGGCCGGCAUGAACCACCUGCGGGAGAAUGGCAUCGUCCACAGGGACAUCAAGCCGGGAAACAUCAUGCGGCUGAUGGGGGAAGAUGGGCAGAGUGUCUACAAGCUCACGGACUUUGGGGCUGCUCGGGAGCUGGACGACGACGAGAAGUUUGUGUCUGUCUAUGGAACAGAAGAGUAUCUUCAUCCAGACAUGUAUGAACGAGCAGUUCUGAGAAAACCCCAGCAAAAGGCUUAUGGGGUGACUGUAGAUCUGUGGAGUAUCGGGGUGACCUUUUACCACGCUGCUGCAGGCAGCCUCCCCUUCAUCCCUUUCGGAGGACCUCGCAGAAACAAAGAAAUCAUGUAUAAAAUAACAACCCAGAAACCUUCUGGAGCAAUCUCAGGUGUCCAGAGGCAGGAGAACGGGCCCAUCGAGUGGGGUUACGAGCUGCCUGUCACGUGCCGACUCUCUGCGGGGCUGAAAAGCCAGCUUGUCCCGAUCCUGGCCAACAUCCUGGAAGUGGAUCAGGAAAAAUGCUGGGGCUUCGAUCAGUUUUUCGCAGAAACCAGCGACAUCCUGCAGAGGAUAGUGUUCGAUGUCUUCUCCUUGUCACAAGCCACCAUGCACCGGGUCUUCAUCCACUCCCACAACACUACAAACAUAUUUUUAGAUGCUGUCUUCAGGCAAACAAAUACAGCCCCUCACCAUCAAGAAUACUUUUUUGAAGGUUACCCAUAUGACUUGGAACCCAACCUCCAAGCCCAAAAUUUCUCCAGGACCACGCAAAAUAGCCCUCUGACUUUGCUGAGCACUGAAACAGAGGAUCCCAUAGGCGUGAGAUACAGAGAUCCGGCACACGGCUUCCCAAAGUUUGUCCCGAAGGUUGAUGUCAUAGCUGACUGCAGCAUAGCAAAGGGUGUCCUCGGUGCAGUUCACCAGACGCUGAGGAUAGCCCGGUCGCUUCUGAAAUGUCAAGAGUUUAUCCUGAGGGGGCUCCACUGUGUGAUUGAGAGCCUCAAAUCUGAGUGCUCAAAGUUUCUGGAGAGGAAGGAAACAGCCGUUUUGAUGCUGACCUGCUUGCAGCAUACCAACGAGAAGACCCUGAUGGUGUAUGACGCUGUAUCUGGAAGCAAUGGGAACCCAGAGCUGAAGGACCUGGCUGAGGUGAAAGCAAGGCUGCAAAUGGUCACUGAAGACCUCUGUAGGUACUCUCACAGCAUCUCUGAAUAUCAAGGGACAUUGGGUGAUAUUUUAUCUGAGCUGGUAAAUCACCGGCAGCAGGCACAAGAAGAUAGAAGCAUCCGGCAGAUGGAGUGCUGCCUUGAGAAGAUGCAGCUCAUACACAAGCAGUUCAAGAAGGCCAGGGCGUGCAUGCGGCUGGCCUAUAAUGAUGAACAAAUACACAAACUGGAUAAGUUGAAUCUAGGACAUCUAGCAAGAAAAGUUAUAUCAAUUUUCCAGGAUGAUUGCGUACAGAAAUAUCAAGAUGUCCUGGGUGGUCAUGGAAACAGAAUGAGGAAAGUUUGCGAGAUAAAAAAACAUUUGAAGAAGCUCGACAGUUCCUUGUCAGCAGGCUGCGUGGAGCUGACUGAGUGCUGGGACUGCCUCCAUAACGCUUUGGACAGGCUGCCACAGAGAGUCCAGGUCCCUUCCGCUCCUCUACCAGUUUACACACAAGACACCGAUCAGGGUAUGGCACUUAGAAUGCAGGAGCUUCUGGAGCAAAUGAAAUCAGUAACUUGUGAUCUCCAGUUGAACAACAGCAUCAUUGAACGGUUACGUGGGGUUGCACCCACUCCAGGUAUUUAAGGGAGAUGUGGUGGAUUUGCAGCUGCUAAAGCAAUUACACGAAAUCUUUUACAUCUCUAACACUUUGGGUCGAGACUGAUGGAGAACUUGAAUGUUCGUGUUUAUAAGACUAUGCUUUAUCCUACCUCUGCGCUGCAGCAUUUUUGCACAGUUCGUGAACUGGUCUGCAAGCCCCAAACCCUCAAAUAUACAAGCAAUGUCCCUAAAAUGGUUAAAAUGGGAGCCUCAUUCCUUUCCGUUUUCCUUAUUGCCCUGGCAUCGCUGACUUCAUCCCAUAUCGAGGGGUUUGUGUUCCAUAAGAUGAAACGGGUGAGGCUGCAUAUGCCCACACGCAUUGCAUAUAUACUUCUUCAACACUAGCCCCUUCUGGUGUCAAGCGUGAGCUGCGUGCAGGAAGGAUGCUGCACUUGAUGGACCAAAGACCCGAUCCUGUAUGGAACGUGUCCAAGUGUGCCAGCCAGGAGAUGCAGGAUUCAACAGACCCAGCACUGAAGAGGGCUACCCUUUUUUUGUGCAGCUGCUAUCACGUGUGGGCCAGAACACCUGGUUCUGUUUCAUUACUUCAUUUCCACCCGGGCCUUUUGUGUCAUGAAUGCUGGUGAGUAUAAGAAGGGAAGGUUUCUCUUUCCCUCCUUUGGGUGCAUUUCCAUAGGGUCUGUGAGAUCUGUGCAUGCAUCUGGCGGAGCAUGCGCACCCUCCUUUCAGUGAUGCCAGACUGAAGGUGCAUUUCUUGUCUCUCUUGAUUGACUGUGCUCCCAAAUCACAAAGCAGGCUCCCUGAACGCGACUUCUGUGAGCUGCUCUGUCCAAAAGCAUCUACAUACAUGGAUGCAGGGGUAAGUUUUGUUUUGGGCCAAGCAGUGAAAACAAAUGGCAAGCAGCCAGAUGUUCCAGCUGGGAAACCCCAGAGAUCCCUGCUCAGGCCUUCUUACUGAAAAGCUCAUUUAAAAAUCUUUAGCAUUGCAUCAAGCAAAGAAUCCAGGGUAAUUCGCCUCCCCCCAGGAGCUGUCUCCAUGACUUAACCUAAAUGCUCUUUCUAGAAGUGACUUAUUGUCAGUCUUAUUGAAAAAAGAUGGAACAUGGGUUCUUAGGUGCCCAAGUCACUCUUGAAAAUAAAAUUAAGUCCUCUGGGUUGCUUAGGCUCCCUGAAAAUGUUGUCCCAAUACAGUAUUGCUCACAGAAAAUGCACUCAAGGAAUGAUCUUAAUGGAGCUGACAGGAUGGGCUGGAUCCUUAGCUGGUAUAACUCAGCAAGUCUACGGUGCAGGCACACUGAGUUAUACCAGCUUUUGCAGCUGGCCAUAUACAUUUCAGUCUUACUCAAUUAGGAAUCUCUUCUUUCCUGGAUCUAAGCUUUCAGUCUUCAUCAAGCUUAACAAGAGACACGUGAGCCAUUUGAAUGAGCGAUGAACCACUUGCCCUACUACCCCCACCUUCCUUUCUGUAUGCUGUCGAGAGGUCCUUUUGGCCCUCUGUCCCCGGCACCUGGUUAGCCAAAUCCCCAGAUAUCUCAAGAUGUUUGUCUGCAGCUCAUCUGGAUCCCACUGUGCACCCUGUGCAGAAAACGCAGCGUUGUCAUCUAAUGCAAACGCAAUUGAUGCAAAGAGCGGGUGUGAUUUGUAUGGAGAACCACUUGGAGAUGGGAUUUGUUUCCCUGUUUGCCUAUUAAUGUCUGUGGUGUUUACUCACGUGUGUGAUAACGGAAUAAAUGGUUACAUAAACGUU